CCAGCCCUAGCUUGCCUUGCAAGCCAGCCCAACUCCUUCCUUUCUAGAAUCCCCCGAUCUUUCUGCCGCAACUCGCGCUAGAUCUUCGAUUCUGCAUCCAUCUCUUCCAACGCAAUGGCCUUGUCGCCGCCACGUCUGCUAUUUUUUUAUUGCACCGCUUGUUCGCGGCGCGGCCUUCAGAGAUCGCUCCUCCCCCCCACUCGCCUGAAACGUUGCAGCGAGUCAAAGAGGACGGAUGAAUCUCGCGUCCAGAAUUUCGCGAGACGAACAGAGCAGUGCAGAGCACAGCGCACGCUUAGGACGGAUCUCGCUUCAAACUCGCGAGAAGUACAGAGCGCGCGCGUUGGACUCAACAGCUGGUGCCCGUGGGGCGGAGGUUUAGGCGAAGCGACAGUCAGUGACGGAAUUCAGUCAGCAGUUUUCAGUGCGUCACAUAGCCAGACAGCAAAAGGGCUCAGCCUGGAAUCUGCGUCCCAUUCUGUCAGCAGCUUCCCUGCGCUUUUCCUCCGCCCCACGAACGCACUUUACAGUCUACUUUUUUAGGCGCCUCAAAAAUAGGCUUUUCCUCCGCGCCAGUAACGCACUUCCUAGCAGCCCUUAGCAGGAAGAGGAUUCCCCUUUACUCGGAGUAGAAGCUUAUUUUUUAGUCUGAGUAAACUCCAAAGUCUCUCGGUUGAUAGCUGGCACCGAAAGUCCCUCACUUUCUGAUCCCGCGCAACGUGCCGCACCGCUUUGAUCGUGUGUAGAAACCCUCGCCAGCAUUACGGGCCGAGCCUGCAUUACGGCCCGAGUCCGCACUACGGGCCGAGCCUGCACUACGGGCCGAGCCUGCACUCCACCAAGCCUCUGAGCAUCACGAUCUCCCGAUGACCAUCAGCAUCAGGCCUGCCUGAUCAACGGUCAGGCUGCACUCGCGUGAAGGCAUCCCACCAUGAUGGACGGCCAUCCGGAUCUCCCGAUGAGCGAUCCGACGGUCCCCAAUGCGCCCUAUUUUCCGGGCUUCCCGCAUCAUCCUUCCCCCUUCAACGGCCACGAUAUCGGCACAGAAUGUUGUAUCGGCGCGCCUCGACAAUGCGGUUGGGACAUGCCCGAACUCGGCAGCAGCAGCGCCAUGGAUUCGCCUCCCCUCCCCUCCUCCUGCCGCGGCUCAGGGGAAAUACCCCCGUUUAAAGUUUCAGGGGAGAUCGCCGCUUUUUUGGGGGGUUCGGGGGAAAUACCCCCGUAUGACGAGGCGAUGCUGGAGCCCUUCCGGCUGUCUGGGGAGUUCUCUGCUGACGUGGCAGCAGCGUUUGACUACGCGCGGUCAACCUUUGCUCACGUGGGACCCACGUGUCCCACUGCCACAACUCUCACCACUGCUGCUACAGCAUCAGCUGCUGCCACCUCUGCUGACUGUAGCUGCCGUCCAGUUCCGCUACAGCCGGUAUCAAAUCUGCGAGGGUUACCAGAACAACCAGAUCCAGAUCCAGCGUGUGCUACAGCCGCCACUCUCACCUCUGCUGCCUCAAAGCCUGCUGCUCUUACCUGCUGGCGUCCAGUCCCGCUACAGCCUGCAGCAGCACUGCCUAGUGUACCCGAACCAGCGCGUGCUACAGCCGCCACUUUGACCACAGCUGCUCCUGCCUCAGCUGGCCUUACCUGCUGCCGCCCAGUCCCGCUACAGCCUGCAGCAGCACUGCCAGGGGUACCCGAACCAGCACCCACUGCUCUCUCCGCACCCACCCCUCCACCCGCGCUUGCUGCACAAUCUGUAGUAACCAGAACCCCGGCCACCCAACACCCAAGUCCCCACCAUCUCGCCCAUGCACCACCGCAUAUGGGACCAUCCGCACCCACACCUCCACCCGCACUUGCUGCACCAUCCGCACUCGCUGCACCAUCCGCACUCGCUGCACCAUCCAUGCCUUUUGAGGCGCCUCAAAAGUUGCCCAUUUCCCCGCCCACACCAAACUCCCAUCUGCUUCAUCUCGCCCGUACACCGCCCAGCAGGUGCGGACAACCCACGCCGCCCGCGCUGUGCCGCCCAGCAGCGAUCCCACUUCUGAGUCUGCCGCAGCCCCGCCCUGUGCCUUUCGCAGGGUACUCUCUCCCUACACCAGUCCCCUAUGCGCUCCCUACGCUCCCUACGCUCCCUACGCUCCCUACGCUCCCUACCGCAUCCCCAUAUGCACUCACCGCACCAUCCGCACCAGUGCUGGUAGCACCAGCAGCCAUGCCAACGACACCACCCAAGCUAGCUACAGCUGCUGCACCAGCCAAACCAGGCAGCCCGGCUGUAGCAGCAUUGCAAGCCACACCAGGCAGCCCGGCUGUAGCAGCAUUGCAAGCCAAACCAGGCAGCCCGGCUGUAGCAGCAUUGCUAGCCAUACCAGGCAGCCCGGCUGUAGCGGCAACUCGAGCCACACCAGGCAGCCCGGGUGUAGCAGCAGGUGCGCCAAUCACAGCCAGUGCUUCUCUAGAGGUUUCUGAGAGCAGCGGCAUGAGCAGCUACAGCAGCAGCAGCAGCGGGAGCCGCGGAAAGAGGAGGAGGGAGGAGGCGGGUGGAUCUGGGGACAUACUUACCUGUAACGAGCAGCAUUGGCCCGUGCGUCCAGGAUUGAAAUCUGAGUUGGAGUCUGAGUUGAAAUAUCUCAAAGGCCGUUCUGAGGGGGCGGGUGGACCUGGUGACAUGCUUACCUGCAACGAACAGCACUGGCCUGUGCCGCCGAGAGGGGGGGCUGCCUCCACUGAGUCUCCUCCUUAUCAGGGCCUUGUGGAGUUUGCAAGGGCGGUUAAAACCCGGAUUGCCAUGGCAGGCGGGAGCACCGGAGGUGGGGGUGUUGGAGAUGGGAAUUUUGAAGGUGGGAGUGUUGGAGGUGGUGGUGUUGGAGGUGGGACCGCAAUGCAGCAUCGCACGACACAAAGGGUUCGAAGCAGCAGUGUUGGUGAUGGUUAUGUGAUGGGCUGUGAUGCUGCUGCUGCCGCUGGUGGUGGUGGUGGUGGUGUUGCUGCUGCUGCUGCUGCUGCUGAGGAAAAGGAACUAAUUAGAAGUGGGAGCAAAGAGAAGGGCAGGGAGGGGAGGCAGGGCGUUCCGUUGAGGAGGCGGCGCAAUCGAAUCAAAUCUGAGAGAUCUCGCCGCAAGCGAGUGAGCAAUGCGGUGGAGGAUCUUCGCAUGUUGGUCCCGGCGCCAGUCUCUGCUCCAACCGACAUGGCAUCGGUGCUAGAAGCAACAGCAGCAUACAUCAGGGAGCUGAGGACCCUUGCAGACACGCUUCAAGGCAUAGUCUUGGAUAAACAAGCUUCCGAGGACUAGCAACAUGUUUUGAUCAUCUUGACUUAGGGCGUGCUCCUGCACCUUCAGUCCAGCGCUUUGUAGCAGUUUCCUUCGCACCACGUUUCGACAGUUGUCUCUGCUCAGGGAACUGCAACAAAGUUUGCAUGUACCGGAGUGCAGGGGUACGCCCUUAUUCAUGCACCCAGUUGUUUUUCCGGUUGUUUUUGUUGGGCUGAGAAAAAGCCCUUAGGAUCUUUUGCAGAGACUAAGUCCCAGCUGUAGAGACUUGAGACUUGGAGUAGUGCAGCGGAAGUUGAGACAGUUGAACCCUU